GGCGGCGGAGGAGGAGGAGGAGGCGGCGGCGACGACGACGACGACGGGGCAGGUGCGCGGCGGGCGGUGAGACGGCACCGCCAUGGACACGUCGGGGCACUUCCACGAUUCGGGCGUGGGGGAUCUGGAGGAAGACCCCCGGUGCCCGUGCCCGUCGUCGGGGGACGAACGGCCGCCGCCGCCGCCGCCGCCCGCCGCGCUGCCGCCGCUCCAGCACAGCCUGUUGCACUCCUCGCCCGGGUCGUUGCGGGCCCCUCCUCCCGCCGCCCCCGCCGCCCUCCACCCUUCCUCUCGCCACGGCAGCCAGCUCAACCUCAGCGACCACUUGGGCGGCCACUCGCCGGGCUCGGCGGUGCCGUCGGGGGGCAAACACCGGCAGCCCAGCCCCCUGGUGCACCGGCGGGAUAGUAACCCGUUCACCGAGAUCGCCAUGAGCUCCUGCAAGUACAGCGGGGGGGUGAUGAAGCCCCUCAGCCGGCUCAGUGCCUCCCGCAGGAACCUCAUCGAGGCCGAACCCGAAGCUCAGCCCUUACAGCUCUUCGGGGCCGGCGGACCCCCCGAAAUCGUCGUGUCGAGGGAGGACAACCACGCUCCCCCCGCCCGACCCCCCACCCGUCACGGUCCCCGAACCGACCGGCCGCCCGCCCGACCCGCUCCUGCCGGUUUUGCCAAAGGGCCCAAACGUAAAGCUCAGAACAUCGGGUACCGGUUGGGUCACCGGCGUGCGCUGUUCGAGAAGAGGAAGAGGCUCAGCGACUACGCGCUGAUCUUCGGCAUGUUCGGCAUCGUCGUGAUGGUCAUCGAGACCGAGCUGUCCUGGGGGCUCUACUCCAAGGACUCCAUGUUCUCCCUGGCCCUGAAAUGCCUUAUCAGCCUCUCCACCGUCAUCCUGCUCGGGCUCAUCAUCGCCUACCACACGCGGGAGGUGCAGCUCUUUGUGAUCGACAACGGCGCCGACGACUGGCGGAUCGCGAUGACGUACGAGCGCAUCCUUUACAUCAGCCUGGAGAUGCUGGUUUGUGCCAUCCACCCCAUCCCUGGGGAGUACAAAUUUUUCUGGACCGCACGCUUGGCGUUCUCCUACACUCCCUCUCGGGCGGAGGCGGACGUGGACAUCAUCCUGUCCAUCCCCAUGUUCUUGAGGCUCUAUUUGAUUGCUCGCGUCAUGCUGCUGCACAGCAAGCUCUUCACCGACGCCUCGUCACGCAGCAUCGGAGCCCUCAACAAGAUCAAUUUCAACACCCGUUUUGUCAUGAAGACCCUCAUGACCAUCUGCCCCGGGACGGUGCUGCUGGUGUUCAGCAUCUCCCUAUGGAUCAUCGCCGCGUGGACGGUGCGGGUGUGUGAGAGGUACCACGACCAGCAGGACGUGACCAGCAACUUCCUGGGGGCCAUGUGGCUCAUCUCCAUCACCUUCCUCUCCAUCGGGUAUGGGGACAUGGUGCCACACACCUACUGUGGGAAGGGGGUCUGUCUGCUGACUGGCAUCAUGGGCGCUGGUUGCACAGCCCUAGUGGUGGCCGUGGUGGCCAGAAAGCUGGAGCUCACCAAAGCAGAGAAGCACGUCCACAACUUCAUGAUGGACACGCAGCUGACCAAGAGGAUCAAGAACGCGGCGGCCAACGUCCUGCGGGAGACGUGGCUCAUCUACAAGCACACCAAGCUGCUGAAAAAGAUCGACCACGCCAAAGUCCGGAAGCACCAGAGGAAGUUCCUACAAGCCAUCCACCAGUUGCGCAGUGUGAAGAUGGAGCAGCGGAAGCUGAGCGACCAGGCCAACACGCUGGUUGACCUUUCAAAGAUGCAGAACGUGAUGUACGACCUCAUCACCGAGCUCAACGACCGCAGCGAGGACCUGGAGAAGCAACUCGGCAGCUUGGAGGCCAAACUGGAGCAGCUGAGCGCCAGCUUCAACUCACUGCCUCUGCUGCUGGCCGACAUGCUGCGCCAGCAGCACCAACGCCUGCUCGCCGCCGUAGUGGAGGCUCGGGCUGUUGCCGUGCCCGCCGGCACCCCACAGACCCCGCUAUCUGAGAGCCCCAUUGGGGUCAGCUCCACCUCCUUCCCCACCCCGUACACCAGCUCCAGCAGCUGCUAAAAGCGCAGAGCAAAGCCCCCUUCCCAGCGCUCUACGGACACAGGGAGAGCUGGCGCCGGUCCUGAGGACUCAGUGUUCCCACUGGGAACGAUGUUGGAGCGGUGACGCCUUGGGAUGGACAUCUCCCCCCAUCUCCCCCUCCUCCCAACCCCCUCCUCUCCUCCCCUCCCCCCGUUUCGGUGCCUCUACUCGUGGUGAAGGAAGGGGACGGAGGCGACGCUUCGCGCCGCGGCGCUCGGUGGAGGACAGGAAUCCACGCUCAAUCUCAGGUCUUCACAUUGAAAACAAAACAAAAAAAACAAACACAAAACCAGUCGGAAGCACUGAAGAGACGGAGACACCGGAGGGAGAAUCGCACCGUGUGGAGCAUGGGGGCUGCGGGGGGCACAGGGCUGCUCACCCCCCCCCCAACCUGCCUCCCCAAAUCCCUUCAGUGCAUUCCCCUCCUCCUGACCCUGGAGUUCUUGCACAGCUCUGCCCUGAGAUGUCCGUGCUCCGUCCCGUCUCCUUGCCAAGACACCAACACGUUCCCCUCGCUCUGUUCCAGGGUAGGUGGUGGGCUCUGAGCUGCCCUGGGUGGGGGGGAGGGGGCUCAGUGCAGCACUGGUGCUCUCCGAUCGUUGUUUUGGCUCAUUGGAGCCUCGAGCAGUGCUUAACACAGCUGGGGACGGCCCCAUUGCUGCCCCCCACCCCAUCCGGAGGUCUCCAAGCCUCGGAACACCCCUAUAAUUAGGGGAAGGCACCGGGCGCAGCUCUGACCCCGAUGCCACGGGACGAUGCUCGGUGUGGGACACUUCAUCUGUUUAAAACCACCCCACACCCCACACCGCUCCUGCUGGGGGUCAGCAGCACCGGGGAGUGAAGGUCCCUGUUCUGCUGUCACCACGUCCCCUUCUCGUGUCACCCCGCAGCAGUUUGGGGUUCUACCCGGUCCCUGCGCCACCCCCCUUCUUUGUGGGGAUGGCAUUUGCUGCUUUCAUUGAAAAACACAGCAGAGGAUAUUUAUAUAUUUUUAAACAGAUGAAGUAAGCGUGUAAUUACUCCGUGAUAUUAAUUACACAUCAGCCGGCAGUGUCAGUAAUUGUAAUCAAAAGCCACUGUGUUACUCCAGGUA